AUGACCUUAGCACAUGAGGUUUCGGCCUCAGGAGGGUUAAGGGUCCUGGAAGAAGAGUCAGAAGGUCUCGUUCGAUCUCCUACAGCUGAAGAAAAGAGUCAAACUCACACUAGUCAAAUCUCAGACGACUCACAUGAUUCAACAAUCACCAAGAACAAUACAGACAACUCAGAUAUCCAUGGAAGACUCGCUUCAGCACUCAGGGCAGCAGAAGAUCCAUGCAAGAACGAGUCUCCAGUUCAAUCAGACAGCUCAGCAGUCUUACUCGCCACAGCCAAUGCAGUAUUACUCUCAGACUACUCUCAGCUUCCAGUAAGACUCCUGAUAGACUCAGGGUCUGAGCUGACGUUCAUCUCAUCAAGUGUGGUAAAGACUUGUAAUCUCCAACGUCGUCCAUCAGUAAUAUCAGUGCUGGGAAUUGGUAACGAACCAGCUGUACAAACUCGAGGAGUGGCAACAGUGACACUUAGAUCAACUCACACACAGGAGCAAGUUACAAUCAAUGCUCAUAUUCUCAAAUGUGUCACUGGUACUUUACCAACUAGACAACUCACAGAACUCAACUGGUCAGCUCUCAACUCUCUGCAACUUGCUGACCCAGACUACUCAACUCCAAGACCCAUUGACAUUUUAAUAGGAGCAGAUUGUUAUGGACUAAUUGUGAAGGCAGGCAUAAAACAAUUUCCUCAGUCAUCGCUAAUAGCCCAAGAUUCAAUUUUUGGAUGGAUGCUCAUUGGAAGUCCACACCCGACAAGAUGCUCAAAAGAAGUUCCAGAGACCUUAGCCAGCCAACUCAGCCCAGAUGAUCAAUCUUGUGAAGACCAUUAUGUUACGACUCAUUCAAGAGAUCACGAUGGGAGAUAUAUUGUGAGAAUACCACUCAAAGCAUCACCAUCUCUUCUAGGCAACUCAUCAGCGAGAGCUCAUCAGUGUUUACUACACAUGAUCAGACGACUCACCAAGAAUGACUCAUAUGCACAACUCUAUCACAACUUUAUGCAAGAAUACGAGUCACUGAACCACAUGACACGAGCCAAGGCAAGUCCAGUCAACUCUCCAGUGUAUUAUUUGCCUCAUCAUGGUGUCUUAAGAGAAGACAGUGUUACUACAAGGCUUAGGGUAGUAUUUAAUGGCUCUAGUCCAUCUUCUAGUGGCCUAUCAGUGAACGAUAUUCAACAUACUGGUGCCAAAGUCCAGAAAGACAUUGCAGACGUACUCAUUUGGAUCAGGCAGCAUAAAUUUGUGUUUACAUCAGACAUCACAAAGAUGUACAGGCAAAUCAAAGUCCACCAAGAUGAUUGGGAUCUCCAGAGAAUCCUGUGGGUAGACGAGCACUCCAAGAUAAUCCCAUAUCAACUCACAACGGUCACGUAUGGUACCAGGUCAGCCCCAUUUCUGGCUGUUCGUACAAUGAUCCAGCUAGUAAAGGAUGAAGGUCAUAAGUUCCCUCUAGCUGUUGAUCCACUACUAAAAGGAAGAUAUGUGGACGAUAUUUUUGGAGGUGCUGACACCGUGAGUCAACUGAUAGACAUCUCAACCCAAGUCAGACAACUCUGCAUGGCAGGUGGCUUCCCGUUAGCGAAAUGGCACAGCAACUCACUUCAAUUCCUUCAAUCACUUACAGACAACUCAUCAGAAGAGCAGAUCCACUCAUUUGAGAGCAGCAAAACGAAAUUACUUGGGCUCUCGUGGAUUCCAGCGAACGACUCAUUUAAGUUCAACUCAAAACCUCCUCGUGAGAAGUCCAAGCUCACAAAGAGAAUAAUUUUAUCAGAAACAGCACAACUCUACGAUCCACUUGGAUUUCUAGCACCUUUCAUUGUCAGAGCAAAGAUGUUGCUACAAGAAAUCUGGCUAGAUAAACUCUCAUGGGAUGACCAAGCCCCAGAUCACAUCAGCACCAAGUGGAACAACUUCAGAUCAGAACUCUCACAAGUUUCAGACCUCUCAAUUCCACGAUGGUUACGGAUUACUCAGAAAUCGACCGUGGAACUUCAUGGUUUUUCAGACGCCUCACAAGCAGCUAUGGCAGCUGUUGUAUACAUACGGACUACUCAUCCAGAUCAUGGAACUUGUUCAACUAUAGUCUGCUCAAAGUCUAAGGUUGCUCCAUUGAAGAAGAUGUCUAUUCCUAGACUAGAACUCACCGCAGCAUUGCUGCUUGCCAGACUAAUCACUUAUGUAAGGAACAACUUAGACAUUCAGCCAACUCAACUCGUAUGUUGGACAGACUCCUCAGUGACUUUGACCUGGAUUCAGUCUCACUCAUCCCGUUGGAAGGAGUUUGUAAGAAACAGAGUGUCAGCAAUUCAAGAUCUCACUCCAAUCAGCGUUUGGAGGUUUGUACCUGGCAAACAAAAUCCAGCGGAUUGUGCUUCUCGAGGUAUCAGCAUAUCCCAGCUUCGGAAGCACUCCCUGUGGUGGACAGGACCACAGUGGUUAACAGCAGACGAAUCAUUAUGGCCAACUCAAUCAUCAGUGUACGAUUCAAAAGCUCAGCAGGAAGAGCGGCCCGGGCUCACCUUACUUACUCAGACAAUUCAACAUGAUUAUCAUUGGGAUAUGAUAUACAGACAUUCUCGGCUAAUCAAAUUGCUCAGAGUGACUGCAAUUUGCUUCAGAUUCAGCCAACUCCUCAGACGAGUACCGCAGUCAUCUCUCACCUUCCCUCUCACGCCACAAGAAUUAGAGAGAGCAAGGAUUUUUUGGAUAAAGGCAACUCAAGAAUCGUACUUCUCACAGGAAAUCAAGCAGAUCAACUCAAAUUCACUGCCCGGCUCACACCCCCUCGCACGAUUGACAGCAUUUAUUGACACUUAA